GAGAAUUAGGAAGGGUUGGCAGCCGUGCUGGACUAUUUCUGUGGGUUGGGUCAAUUUUGGAAAAAUUUCAGGAGAAAAUGUCGAAAUCUGUGAGGAAAGUGGUGGAGGAAGCGCGGGAUAGUGGCAACCCAGAGCUGGACCUCCAGGACAAACAGAUAACCUCCCUGGAGGAGGUGUCUGGCCUGUUGUCCAUGGAGUACAUCACACGCCUGUCACUGCCGCACAACCGUCUGACGAGGGUGCCUCCUGCUAUUGCAAAUCUCAUCAAUUUAGAAAUUCUGAAUCUCUUCAACAACAUCAUUGAGGAGCUGCCGACCUCUAUUUCUUCACUCAAUAAACUCCGCAUCCUGAAUGUUGGGAUGAAUCGUUUGGAUGCUCUUCCUCGAGGCUUUGGUUCCUUCCCCGUCCUGGAGGUCCUGGACAUCACGUACAACAAUAUUGCAGAAGGAGAGGCACUUCCCGGCAACUUCUUCAUGCUGGAAUCUCUGAGAGCUCUUUACAUGGGGGACAAUGAUUUUGAAGUGUUAUCUCCAGAUAUCAAGAACAUGAGAAACUUGCAAAUUUUGAGUCUUCGGGAUAACGAUCUAAUUGCUCUGCCACGCGAAAUUGGGGAACUGACACGCUUACGAGAAUUACAUAUUCAAGGGAACAGAUUACAGGUUCUUCCUCCUGAGAUUGGGCAGUUGGACUUGUUGGGAAAUCGGUGUUGCUUUCGUUUAGAAAGUAACCCAUGGUUGCCUAUGAUAGCUGAUCAGCUUCUCCUGGGCCCAUCACAUGUUAUGGACUUGCUGCGGAAUGAAUCUUACAAGUUCCUCUACCAGAAGCACAUUGGUGCUGGGAGCCAACCACCUCCAAAGAACUUCGAAGCCAAGAAUAGAAAGAUUUCACGCAAACGUGAAACUGCUUAAUUUGAGCACAUUCAUGUUAAAUUUGUGCCUUCCACUGCCGUAUAUGUAGAAACUACGUUUUCUUUUGUACAAAUGCUUUAACCAAGAUUGUGCUUUAAUAGAUUUAAGAUGUAUGGUAUAUUAUAUACUGUACAGUACUUCUUUUAAUACUAUUGUUUUUAAUUACUGUACUACGUAUAUACAAUGAAAAAAGUUUCUGGGGUCAGUGCAUCUAAUUAUCACUUUGUACAUAUAUUGUAUAUGAAAACCAGUUGCAGAUCUCAUGAUGUAUAAGUAAUAAUAAUAAUAUAUUAAUAAAACCAUAAAGUAGAAAAGAGGUUGACAAGAACUUUUUAAAUCACUGGAUUUAUCAGUGCUAGAGUGAAAUGCUGAAAUGGUUAAAAAGUAUGCGAGUUUUUUCUCUCUUUUUGUAUGUCCUCUUUGGUUUAGCACUUCCCUUUGAAUGUAAUAACAAUUUCCAUGUGGCACAAAUGAAGGCUCCAGUGACUUGGGAAUCCAUAUUAUCUACUUUCUGGUGUGUUGUUCUAUACUUUAUAUGUACAUUGUGCCCAGUUGAGUGUAAUUUGAUCUGUAUUGACGUGGCUUAUAGCUAAUAUAUUGUCUUCAUGUGCAUUACUCUGUAACACAUGUUUUAACCUCACAUAAAGUGUAUGGUGUAACUAACUACAACAUCCACUGAAAGCUGACAUGCCUAUCAAGCCAAGCACUCAUGCUCAUGAAACAAGGAUUUUCUGAUAUAAAGGUUAGCAAGAGAGUUGGAUAGAGAGACCAUAGUAAUACCACCUAUACCCACUGAUGUUCUCAGUCUUAUUUGCCUUUUUGUGACUUUUUUUUUUCCUUUCAAGGUAACUUUUAUUCUCAAACCUUAGGUAUUGCUAUGGCUCUCCUCUAACCCCUGUUCUUGCAAACCUUUAUAGGGAGUACAGUAUUUAACAAAUAUUUGGUUUCACAAUAUAAUAAAAGUAAAUUUUGUAAAUGUAUUAUCAAGGAUUGUUCUAUUGACCUCAUUCAUCUAAGAUAGUCAUGUUACUGACUAUGCCUAGGUUUAGUGCUUCUUUUUGAUAGUAAUAAUACUGAAGAGAAGUUGCAGAGAUUGGUGGAUGAAUUUGGUAGGGUGUGCAAAAGAAGAAAAUUUAAAGUGAAUACAGGAAAGAGUAAGGUUAUGAGGAUAAAAAGAUUAGGUGAUGAAAGAUUGGAUAUCAGAUUGGAGGGAGAGAGUAUGGAGGAGGUGAAUGUAUUCAGAUAUUUGGGAGUGGACGUGUCAGCGGAUGGGUCUAUGAAAGAUGAGGUGAAUCAUAGAAUUGAUGAGGGGAAAAGGGUGAGUGGUGCACUUAGGAGUCUGUGGAGACAAAGAACUUUGUCCUUGGAGGCAAAGAGGGGAAUGUAUAAGAGUAUAGCUUUACCAACGCUCUUAUAUGGGUGUGAAGCAUGGGUGAUGAAUGUUGCAGCGAGGAGAAGGCUGGAGGCAGUGGAGAUGUCAUGUCUGAGAGCAAUGUGUGGUGUGAAUAUAAUGCAGAGAAUUCGUAGUUUGGAAGUUAGGAGGAGGUGCGGGAUUACCAAAACUGUUGUCCAGAGGGCUGAGGAAGGGUUGUUGAGGUGGUUCGGACAUGUGGAGAGAAUGGAGCGAAACAGAAUAACUUCAAAGAGUGUAUCAGUCUGUAGUGGAAGGAAGGCGGGGUAGGGGUCGGCCUAGGAAAGGUUGGAGGGAGGGGGUAAAGGAGGUUUUGUGUGCGAGGGGCUUGGACUUCCAGCAGGCAUGCGUGAGCGUGUUUGAUAGGAGUGAAUGGAGACAAAUGGUUUUUAAUACUUGACGUGCUGUUGGAGUGUGAGCAAAGUAACAUUUAUGAAGGGAUUCAGGGAAACCGGCAGGCCGGACUUGAGUCCUGGAGAUGGGAAGUACAGUGCCUGCACUCUGAAGGAGGGGUGUUAAUGUUGCAGUUUAAAAACUGUAGUGUAAAGCACCCUUCUGGCAAGACAGUGAUGGAGUGAAUGAUGGUGAAAGUUUUUCUUUUUCGCGCCACCCUGCCUUGGUGGGAAUCGGCCAGUGUGAUAAUAAUAAUAAUAAUGAUACUGACUAUGCCAGGUUCAGAUUUUGAAUUCUAUGGCUUGGUACAGUGUGGAUCUUGCAUGAGUGAGGUCACAGGUCAGUCAUCAGAACUCGUGCUCGCUUUAAUAAUUUGGUCCAAUGAAUAUUUUUACUAGUUUUUUACUGACCAGGGAAGUGGUGGUUGUCAGUGGUGACAAAUACCUCUGCUCUACCUAGUUUAGCAUAAAAAUUAAUCAGGGAUAUUUAUUCACCUUUUGAAACCUAACAACUAAUGUGUGCAAAUGCAAGGCCGAAACUUAGACUAAUUGGCCUUGUUCAAGAAUAAUGCACUUGAUUGUGGUGGGCCUCGGGUCCAGGUAGCAAUAUCCUGGCAGUUCGGGCUGUUGCCAGGUUAGUCUGGCUACAGGCUGGACUGCAGGAGUAGAACUGAAUCUGGUCACAAGUAUGUCACAGGUAUAUCAUGUGAUGUUUUGUAGACCUUGUCCAUGACUGGAAAACCUUGUGCCAAAUAUGAAUUUGUUAUUUUGUAUUGUUAUAGAUUAAGUUAUUAAUCUUAACAAAUUAAUUUUUGGAACUUUAUAGGAAAAUAUCUAGAUUUAAUUUUCUCUAUCUGUAAAAACAUUUCUUGCAAAUAAUGACACUGAAUGUGUGUUGUAAUCAGUCAUUGUGCUAACAUUACAAACUAAUUUUAGAUGAUUUGUUCUCAUAAUGUCAUUGUGAUGCCUUAUUGUGCUAACAUUUCAAAUUCAUCUUAUAUGAUUUAUUUGUAAUACUUUGGUGGUGCUGUGUAAUCCUUGAAGGUUUAGUGCUUUUUUGAUUAUAAUAAUGUUCUUUGAGAAAUUGACUUUACAGUAAGGCCAACCUCUUGUUAUUAUUACAAUCAAAUCUAAGUGCUAAACCCACAAGGGUUCAACCCUUUGUUUAGCAUUCUCUCUGGGGAUACUGUAAUAAUAUUUUAUCACUUGCAAAUUAACACAAAAAAGUUCUAAACUUAUAAUUUUUAAAAAAUAACUUGAAACUUGCCUCCGACAUUUCUAAGUUAUAAAUUUCAUUCGGCAAAUGAUACUCUCCAUGUAUUUUAGCACUUUUUUGUGAAUAUAAUACUGUAAUACACAAUCAGUGAGGGGAACACUUAAAGUUGAAUGGACUGACAUAAGUGUAAAGGUUUAAGAAGACACGUGAGCAAAUGCUAUGAUAUAUUUAUUAGAAACCAUUUUGGUCCUGGGAUUGUAUUCACUUCUAGAUUUGUACCAUAUUGCAUUUAGAGAAAAGGAGCUAAUAAAGGAAGAACAGUCCAAAUAUUUCCAGGGUAACACACUGGUUGCAGGUGUGUGUCUAUUGGUACAACAUUUCAUCACAAAUUGGCUUUAUCAAAUACAUAAGAUACAACAGAACAUCAAAUUUUAUAGUGCAUCCAGGCCGAGUAGUCAGGUGCAAAAUGGUAGAGGUCUUAGGAGUCCAGUGUUAAGGGAUGCAAGAUCCGAGAGGCAGGAAAGCACUCUAAUAGGCCUGCUGGCCCAUGCUAGGUUUCUGUUCAAGUAGUGUGAGCUAUGGGUGUAUAUGAUGUCUACAUGUCACUAUUUUGUUUGUUUAAUGGAAAAGGAUCAGUUUCAUAAAAUAGUAGGUGUGCUCUGUCCCACUCCAGGAGAUUCUGUACCCAUAUCUCACAUUGUACAAGAACAACUGUAUAGUCCUUGUGGCUUAGCGCUUCUUUUUGAUUAUAAUAAUAAUAAUGUACAAGAACAAAGAAAGACCUAGUAUGGGCCAGAAGGGAGUGCUUCCCUGCUGCUCAGACCUUGCCUGCUCAGCACCUGACUACUUGUCCUGGAUGUACUAUACACGAUAUAAUUUUUUGUUAUAUAUUAUGUAUUUUUAGGAAAAUGUACCACUCAAGAUGCUUCUGCAGUCAGUGUCUUACCAUUACAUAUAUUUAACCAUACAGAACGUAUCUGCAAGUAAAAGUUAACAUGUGUAUUAAUAAAAUCAUUGGUGUUUCUAUGUAUAAAACCUUAUAAUGAAUAAAUAUGCACUACAAUA